GCGACUUUAAAAUCCUUCCGGGCGGAAACAGCUGCUGGAGGGCUACAUGCUGAAGAGGUCGCAGUAAACAUACAGAUAAACACAGCAUUAAUGCAGUAAAUAUAUUUAUAAAGUUUAGAAGUGUAAGAAGAGUUUUCUAUACAUGCUGCUGUGCCGAGUUUCCGCUUUAGCGAGGCGGGGACUGAGUGUGCGGAGGGUCGCCGCGCUCCGGCCCGCUCUCUCCUUCAGUUCCGCCGGGGAUGCAGCGGCCGCUCCCGGGAGCGGAGCUCGGCGUCAGGGGGGUUACCGGGACACCGUGCUGCUGCCCCGCACACACUUCCCCAUGAAGCUCAGCGGACAGAAGCUGCUGGAUGUCGAGCUGCGGAUACAGCGGGAGUGUGGUUUUGACCAGCUGUACACAUGGCAGAAAGAGAGAAAAGCCAAGAAGGAGUUUUGCCUCCAUGACGGUCCGCCUUACGCCAACGGAGACGCCCACGUCGGUCACGCCCUCAACAAGAUCCUGAAAGAUAUCCACAAUCGGUUUGAGAUGCUGCGAGGGAGGAAGGUGAACUACAUACCUGGCUGGGACUGUCACGGUCUCCCCAUCGAGCUCAAAGCCCUGGGAGAGCUCAACACCGCACACCUCAGCCCUCUCCAGAUCAGACAGAAAGCUCGGGAGUUUGCAGAAUCCGCGAUCGCGAGUCAGCGUGCAGCGUUCCAGCGCUGGGGCAUCAUGGCUGACUGGGAGAACUGCUACUAUACAUUUAAUGGGUCGUAUGAGGCGGCGCAGCUCCACGUCUUCCAGGACAUGCACAGCAAGGGUUUGAUUUAUCAGGACUAUAAACCCGUCUUCUGGUCUCCGGCAACCAGGACAGCAUUAGCAGAAGCAGAGCUGGAGUAUAACUCGGAGCAUGUGAGCACAGCAGUGUAUGCCAUUUUCCCUCUGAACACACUUCCACCUAAACUAGUGACGAGCUUAGGGGCGCUGGGUAAAGUGUGUGUGCUGGUGUGGACAACACAACCGUGGACAAUUCCAGCCAACCAGGCAGUGUGCUUCAUGCCCAAAGCGCAGUACUCUGUAGUAAAGAGAGGUGAUAAUGAGCAGCUCCUCCUAGUGGCCACUGAGCGCAUUGCGACCCUCAGGCCUGUACUGAACACUGAACUCCAAACCCUGCUCACAUUCACAGGCUCUGAUCUGGAGGGCGGAGUCUGCCAACAUCCCACAAUUCCUGGAAAGGAGGUGCCUCUGUUGCCGGCCAAUCAUGUGACCAUGGCUAAAGGAACCGGAUUGGUCCACACGGCUCCCGCUCACGGCAUGGAGGACUACAGCGUGGCCACACACUUUAACCUGCCUGUGGAGUGCCUGGUGGAUGAGGAGGGCAGGUUUACAGAUGCGGCUGGCGCUGAUCUACAGGGGCAGUGUGUGCUGGAGGAGGGAACCUCGACAGUGAUCUCGAUGUUGCGUGCCGCUGGAGCGUUGGUGAAGGAGGAGCAGUGUGUGCACAGUUACCCGUACGAUUGGCGCAGUAAGAAGCCGGUGGUGAUCCGAGCCAGCAAGCAGUGGUUCAUAAACACAGCCAGUCUGAAGGACACAGCUAAGGACGUUCUGCAGAAGGUGCGCGUGAUGCCCGAGUCGGCCAGGGUGAGUCUCUUGGCGAUGCUGGACAGACGGACGUACUGGUGUAUAUCGCGUCAGAGGAGCUGGGGCGUCCCGAUCCCCGUCUUCUACCACAAACAGACCGGGGAACCGCUCGUCAACAAGCACACGGUGGCUCACGUAGCCAAGGUGUUCGCAGAGAAAGGGAGUGACAGCUGGUGGGCGGAGCCUCUGGAAAUGCUACUUCCUCCUGAUGUACUGAAGAAGAGUAAAGCCGGCGCUGUGACAGAUUACGUGCAUGGUGAGGACGUGUUGGACAUCUGGUUUGACAGUGGGACGUCCUGGGCUGCUGUGCUACAGGAGUCGGACCCGAGGGCGGAUAUGUACAUGGAAGGGAAAGAUCAGAUCGGCGGCUGGUUCCAGUCGUCUCUGCUCACUAGUGUGGCUGUGCACAACAAGGCACCUUAUAAGGCGUUGGUGGUCCAUGGAUUUGUGGUCAGUGAGAAAGGAGAGAAAAUGUCCAAGUCCCUGGGUAAUGUUGUCGACCCCAGUGUGGUCAUUAAUGGAGGAACGGAUUCAGCUGUUUCUCCUCCGUAUGGUGCAGAUGUGUUGAGGUGGUGGGUCGCAGAGUCCAGUGUUUUCUCUGAGGUUCAGAUCGGACCCAAAGCAUUGAACGCAGCCAAGGAGAACAUCAACAAGCUGAGGAACACUCUGAAGUUCUUGCUGGGGAACCUGCAGGGUUUUGACCCUCGCAGUCACGCUGUGGACUCCAAAGACAUGUUCUACAUCGACCAGUACUUACUGCACCUGCUCCGAGAGUACAGCGUCAAGGUAACCGACGCCUACAGCGAGUUUGACUGCAGUCGAGUGAUUCGCCUUCUGCAGGCCUUCAUCACACGAGACGUGAGCAGCUUCUACUUCAGCAUCAUCAAAGACAGGCUGUACUGUGAUGGGGAGACCUCGCUGGGCAGGAGGUCGUGUCAGACGGUUCUUGAGGAGAUUUUAGACGGCGUGACGCGCUCCAUCGCUCCCAUCCUGCCGCACUUGGCGGAGGAGGUGUACCAACAUGCCCCAGGGCACGACGAAGGCGAGACUCUGUUCCGGAGCGGCUGGAUUAAAAGCAGCUCCGUGUGGAGGAAACCUGGAUUGGAGGAGGCUGUGGAGGGGGCGUGUGCCAUCAGGGACUCCUUCCUGUCGUCUAUCCCAGGAUGCAACGCAGCUGAGUAUGACCUGACCAUCGCCAUCGACCCUGGCCUCUUCUUUGAGCUCAUAGAGUCCCUGCAGGAGAAACCGACCUCGACGUGUUCCCAGCUGACGGAACUGAUGAUGGCGUCACGCACCACGCUGACCGACUCUCUGCCCCGAGACCUGCCCUCUGAAGCCGUCAUCAGCAAGGGCAACUUCCUCAUCAACCUGGAGGGUGGCGUCAUCCGUGAAGAGAGCGCAUACUCUGUCGCUGCGGUUCCCAUCUCUCUGUCCCGCUGCCCACGGUGUCGCCGCUACACCUCAGACACACCCGACUGCCUGUGCUCACGCUGCCAAACUGUCCUCGCGAACGCAAGAUAAAACCUGUAAUGGCUGCACUUUCCUGGCUCCGCCCACUCUGGCUGAUGUACAAGAAGCUGCAGAAUGCUCCCUACCCAUAAUUCCUGAUGCCAAGUGGAACUUUAAUGCACUGUGAGUAGUGCAGGCUUUGAUAUAGUCAGAUGUAUUAAAAAAAAAAAAAGGGGGGGGUUGUUGGAGCGCCCUCUGUGUCUUGGGAGGGAAAUUGCAGUUGUAGUGAAAAACUGAUGCCCAUAAGCUGACUACAACUACUCAAGUGAAGUCAUCUAAAACUAUUUAUUUCUCACCAGUUGCUUACUUUAUAUUAAGACACUUCAUUGAUACCUAAUUAAAAUUAGCUCCGCCCCCAAGCUGGGAACAAGCUGUUGUAAGUUUAACAAUUACAACCCCAAUUCCAAAAAGGUUGGGACACUGUGUAAAACAUAAAUAAAAACAGAAUGCAAAGAUUUGCAAGUCAUGGAAGCCCUAUAUUUAAUUGAAAAUGGUACAAAGACAUAUCAAAUGUUGAAACUGAGAAAUUAUUGUUUUUGGAAAAAUAUAUGCUCAAUUUGAUGUCAGCAACACAUUUCAGAAAAGUUGGGACAUGGGCAACAAAAGACUGAAAAAAGUUGUGUAAUGCUUAAAAAAAAUAAUUUGGUUAAUUGGCAACAGGUCAGUAACAUGACUGGAUAUAUAUAUAUAUAAAAACAUCCCAAAGAGGCGGAGUCUCUCAGAAGUAAAGAUGGGGAUGGGUUCAACGCUUUAUGAAAGACUGUGUGGGCAAACAGUGCAACAAUUUAAGAAUAACGUUCCUCAAUGUAAAAUUGCAAAGAAUUUGGGGAUCACAUCAUCUAUGGUCCAUAAUAUCAUUAAAAGAUUCAGAGAAUCUGGAGAAAUCUCUGUAUGCGAGAGACAAGGCUGAAAACUGACACUGGAUGCCUGUGAUCUUCAGGCCCUCAGGAGACACUGCAUUAAAAGCAGACACGUGUCUGUAGUGGAAAUCACUGUAUGGGCUGAGGAACACUUCAGAAAACCAUCGUCUGUGAAAACAGUUCAUUACUGCAUCCACAAAUGCAAGUUAAAACCAGAUAUAAACGAUAUCCAGAAACCCCGCCCCCUUCUCUGGGCCCGAGCUCUUUUACGAUGGACUGAGGCGAAGUGAAAAACUGUCCCGAGGUCUGACGAAUCAAAAGUAGAAAUUCUUUUUAGAAAUCAUGGACCCCACGUCCUCCAGGCUAUCAAGAGGAGAGGGAACAUCCGGCUUGUUGUCAGUGCACAGUUCAAAAGCAGCAUUUGUGAUGGGAUGAGGGUGCGUUAGUGCACGUGAUAUGGGGAGCUUGUACAUCUGGGAAGGCAUCAUUAAUGCUGAAUGAUAUAUACACACUUCAGAGCAAUAUGCUGCCAUCCAGACAAAAUCUUUUUCAGGGAAGGCCUUCCUUCUUUCAGCAAGACAACGCCAAACUGCUUUCUGCACAUAUUACAACUACAUGGCUCCAUAGUAAGAGUCCAGAUGUUAAACUGGCCUGCUGCAGUCCAGACAUGUCUCCUAUUUAAAACAUUUGGUGCAUUAUGAAGUGGAAAAUACGACAAAGGAGACCCCGAACUGUUGAGCAACUGAAAUUGUAUAUCAGGCAAGAAUGGGAUGACAUUUUCUCUUUCAAAACUACAGCAAUAGGUCUCCUCAGUUCCCAAACAUUUACAGUGUGUUAAUAAAAGUAGAGGUGAUGCAACACGGUGGUAAACACGCCCCUGUCCCAACAUUUUUGAAAUGUGUUGCUGAUAUCAAAUUCAAAAUGAGUAUAUAUUUUUCAAAAAACAAUAACGUGUCUCAGUUUCAAUGUUUGAUAUGUUGUCUUUGUACUAUUUUCAAUGAAAUAUAGGGUUUCCAUGAUUUGCAAAUCUUCACAUUCAUUUUUUAUUCAUGUUUUACAUAGUACCCCAACUUUUUUGGAAUUGGGGUUGUAUAAACAGUACAGACUGCACCUUUAAUUACGAUUGCUUAAAGAACCUGGUAUUACUCACCUGUGCUUCUGAUUGAAACGUCCCUCAGAACUGGGAUUAGGACUAAGGAUUACUUUCACAGGCUGUAAUGUGCGUUUAUUCAUGUUUGUUUGUUCGUGUCUGUGUGAGAGAGAGAGGGGGAAGAAACCACGUACAAGAGCCUAUAGUAAAAAAAAAAUAAAAAUACAUAGCCGUUUUUUAUAUAUGUAAAAUAUCUGGGGUGGGGGGGGGAGGGGAGGGGGUGUUGGAUACUGAAUUUAACUUUGCAAAGAACAGAAACACUCUGAGUUCGGCUCAUUCAUGGUUUACCUGUAAAUGACAAACUCUGUCCUGAAUUUGUACUGAAUUAUUUGCCUUUUUCCUUGAACUCAAUCACCUUAAAUAAAACAGCAAAAAGAAAGUGA